GCAGUCGGCGUCGAUGUGGAAGCCGUCGGGGUCCAUCGUGGGCAAGACGCAGGGGCUGGACGACCUGCCUCUGGCGCUGCAGCAGGACAUCAAUGAUUUCCUGCACUUUGCCCAGAACCGCAAGCAGCAGAAGCUCGUGCCACGCAUCAACAAGGUCGACUUCGCCAAGGCGAUGCCAGAGUCGGACUACGCCGUGUGCUUGCAGCUCCAAGUGCUCACAAAGGAGUACCAAGAGGGCUGGCCCAUCUCGGCCAUGACGACGUCGAUUGCUAACAUGUCGCUCUCGUCGAUGUCGAUGGACCGCGGCAAGUUUAGCAUCGCGGUGCGGAUACCAAAGGCGUACCCUGCGCAGUCGCCCGACAUCUCGUGUGUCACGGGCGGUGAAAAUGUACCGGUGGAGCUCAAGCAAGGCGCGACCUUUGUUCUACCAUGGCUCCAGAAUGGAUGGCCGACCGACUACUCGCUCGUCAACUUUGCCGAAGACCUCUGCAAAGCGCUCGAGGCGCCCGAUAAGAUUCCCACGACGAGCUUCAUCGCCGAGCAGCAAAAGGUGUUUCCGCUGCACAUGGGGCCGGAACACUCGACGCGAACGCCGCCAACCGAGCUACACAAAGAGCAUUCGUCCAAGGAGGCGGCACCUGCCAAUGCAGAUCUCCUCCUCUUCCCCGACCUAUAUGCACCGCCCGAGCAGAAGAAGACCAACCCGUUCGGCACGGCCGAACGCCCGACGCAGUCUCCGCACACGUCGCAGAAACGACACAGCCCACCGCCGUCGAGCCUGCCGGCGCCGCUGCUGGACGCUCGCGCCGUGCCGACGCAAGAUCUGCUCGACCUGCCGCAUGCGCCACCAGGUCGACUGAGUCCGCGCGGAAGCACGUUGUCGCCGCGGACCCCGUCGUUCGAGAACGGGUAUCGCAGCAACGAGUGUUAUAUCAAGUGCAAGUGGAACGGAGAGGCGCGCCGGUUUGCUUUCGACCGAAGUCUGAGCUUUGCGCAGCUUCAGGAGUCGAUCCGCCGCCUCUUCCAGAUCCCGUCGAGCACGACCCUGACGCUUUUGUACCACGACAGCGACGGCGACAAGUGCUUGCUCUCGUCGGACGAGGAGCUGCGCGCCGCGCUCUCACACUUUCCCGAGACGCUAGUGCUCCACGUUGACAGCAAGAGCGACGAAGCGACUGUCGCCAAGUCCGAAGCCGCGGUAGCUGCCAAGGCGCCCGCACCCAAGACCGACGAGACAACGUUGCGAGAAAUCAAAAUCGAGGACGUCAAACUGGAGAAAUGCAUCGGUGUCGGCUCCAGCUGCAAGGUGUACAAGGCCAUGUGGCGGGGCACUGAAGUGGCCAUUAAAAAGUUUUCGUCGCUGAACGCCGAACAAGUCAACAAGGAGUUCAAGCAUGAAGUGACCAUGAUGACGCACCUCGGGUGCCACCCGUGCAUCGUACUGCUGCUCGCCGUGUGCACGACGCCGCGUAGUAUCAUCUUUGAGUACCUUCCGUUCUCGCUCUUCGAGCAAAUCAACGGGUCCCAAGACCCGACCAAGAAAAUUCCACCGUUCCCCAACACGUGGCAAAAGCGGCUGCAGAUGAUCAUGGACGUGGCGCGCGGCCUCCAAUUUCUGCAUUCGUUCAACAUUGUGCACCGCGACCUCAAGUCUCUGAACCUCCUCAUCACGGACGAAGGGCGGGUCAAGCUCGCAGACUUUGGCAUCGCCAAGGUAGCGCUCGAGAACGAAUUUAUGACGCGCUGUUGCGGCACGUACCAGUGGAUGGCCCCCGAGGUUAUUGUGUCGCAGACGUACUCUGUGAGCGCCGACAUUUACAGCUUUGGCAUCGUCAUGUGGGAGAUCUGCGAGGCGUCGGUCCCGUUCGCAGACACGCCGGCGGCACUUGUCGCCAUGGCCGUCAUCCAAGAAAACAAGCGACCGACCAUGUCGGCCAACAUCCCGACGCCGCUCAAGGACCUCAUCACCAGCUGCUGGGACAAGGAGGCGUCCGUGCGCCCGGACGCCGCGACCAUCGUUUCUGUCCUGACCAACUUUCUGCAAGCGAGCCAAGCCACGGCGUCCGGCUAAAUGCAAUAAUUCAACACGUC